AUUAUUCAAAUCACGUACCUCAAAGUGUUAGUACAAAGAUUUUGGUAAAUAAUUAUUUAACUUACUUCUUCGUAUUUUGGUUAAAAUAAAUCGAUUUUUGUGCAAAAAUGGCCUUCAAGUUCAUCGCUAUCUUGGCUUUAGUGGCAGCUGUUAAUGCUGGUGUUAUCCAAGUGCCACAACAUGUCACCUUAGAACACCAACCCACCGUAUAUCAUCAUAGUGCUCCCCAAGAACAUCAUGUUCUUUUGCAAAAAACACACCAUGCUGCACAUGAAGAAUAUCCUGACGAUCCACAUCCUAAAUAUAACUUUGCCUAUGAAGUUCAAGAUACUGUCUCAGGUGAUUCUAAGAGCCAAACCGAAUCACGUGAUGGAGAUGUUGUACAUGGCGAAUACUCUUUAACCGAUGCUGAUGGUUUCCGUCGUACUGUCAAAUACACUGCUGAUGACGUCAAUGGUUUUAAUGCUGUUGUACAUCGUGAACCUAUUAGUGGUCAUGUCGCCAAUGCUGGCAUCACUACAGCUGCCCAAUUCUAUCACACUGCCCCUGCUGCAGUUGUAAAAACUGUCGCUCCAGUAGCUCACUAUGCUGCCCCGGCUGUUGUCAAAACUGUCGCUCCCGUAGCUCAUUAUGCUGCCCAACCAGUUUUGACCAAGGCGGCUCCCGCUGUUGUUAAGUCCGUUGCCCCAGUUGCCCACUAUGCUGCUGCCCCAGCUCUAGUCAAGACUGUUGCUCCUGCUUACACAACUUAUGCUGCUCCAGCUGUUGUUAAGACUGUUGCUCCAGUUGCCCACUAUGCUGCUGCCCCUGCUUACACCACUUAUGCUGCCCCAGCUGUUGUCAAGACUGUAGCUCCUGCUUAUGCCACCUACGCCGCUCCUGCCACUUAUGUUGCCCAUCACUAAAAUGCUCAUUUCGUUAAUCCAUUGUGACCAUUAAUGAUUAUUUAUAUUGUUGUUGAUU